UAUAACUUAGCAGUCUGUGCAAUGCGGUCAGGAAAACAUGUAGUUUUGUUUACGCUAGUCGCGUUGAACUUUAUCGAACAGCCCGCACCAGAGGUCACCAUCGAACAAGGGACUUUGAGUGGAAGGAUAAGCGAAGAUGGACUGAUAUUUGAGUACCUGGGGAUACCUUAUGCGACUACUAAUGAGAAAGCACGGUUCAAGGCCCCACUCCCACCGCCAACAUGGAAAGGAAUUUUCAAAGCCACCGAUGACUCCACGGCAUGUCCUCAGAAUAACUUCAUCGCCAUUAGGGGUACAGAGGACUGUCUCAAGAUCAACGUAUUCGUUCCAGCUUUUGCUACGAAACCUUUGCCAGUUAUGGUAUUUGUUCACGGAGGGGCAUUCUUCCUCGGAGACGGAGGAAAGAUCUUUCUUGGACCAAAGUUUUUACUCAAACAUGACAUAAUACUGGUUACCUUUAACUACAGAAUUGGGGUUUUAGGGUUUUUAUGCUUGGGUAUCGAAGAAGCUCCAGGUAAUGCAGGGCUGAAAGACCAGUUAGCUGCCUUACGAUGGGUGAAGAGGAAUAUAAAGGCUUUUGGCGGUGAUAGUGAUAACGUAACAGUUUUCGGAGUUAGUGCUGGCGCAGCGUCUGUGUCGCUACUUAUUGCUAGCGGCAAACUGGAUGGCUUGGUCAAGAGAGCCAUCCUUCAAAGUGGCUCCGCUCUUGCCCAUUGGGCAAUCACAAGGAAACCCUUAUGGGUCGCAAAUUAUGUCCUGAAAUCAUUAGGGUAUGACAAUACCGGAGACCCGUACGAAUUACAUAGUAUUUUAAAUAGCAUGACAUACAAACAAUUAGCUGCACUACCUCAUGAUAAACCUGUAGAACAAUAUCUUGAUACACAACUAAUUCAUUUACCAUGUAUCGAAAAGACGUUUCCUGGUACGGAAGCUAUUAUAACUGACUAUCCUUACAAUCUUCUUAAAAGAAAUCCACCAAAUAUAUCAAUAAUUCAUGGAACAACUGAUCAAGAAGGUCUGUUUUUCAUUUCGUACGAUACCCUUGAAACAAUUAAUUAUAGAAAUGGAAAAUACUUGAUGGCGAGCGAUUUAGUGUUCCAAACUAAUGAAGAAGCUGCAAAAGUAUCUAAAGAAAUACAAGAUUAUUAUUUUUUUGAAGAAUCUAUUAGCAUGAAAACUGCAAUGAAUUUAUCAGAAUUGUAUAAGCACCUACACUUUGAAAUGCCGAGUAUUUUUGAGUCAGAAAUUUUGGCUGAGGAAAGCAACGUUACGUUAUACAAUUAUUAUUUCAAAUACUCUGGUAACAGAAAUUACCUAAAAUUUGCUCUAGGUUAUGAUGAAGUAGAUGGCGCAUGUCAUGGAGAUGACCUUUUGUACGUCUUCGAUGCUGUACUAUGGCCUUUUAAAAUAAAUGAAGACGACAACCUUAUGAUUAGACGAAUGACUACAAUGUGGACAAAUUUCGCGAAAUACGGGGACCCAACACCUACUAUUACAAAGGAGCUCCCUCUACGCUGGCUGCCGAGUAACAAAGAAAACUUAAGGUUUCUUUACAUAGGUAGCGACUUUGAGAUGGCGAGCAUCCCUAGUCCAGAGGCGUACGAAAUGUGGAAAAAUAUAUAUCAAAAAUAUAGAAAGACUAGAUUCUGAUAGAUAAAUUGGACAAGUGAAGGUAAAAUUAAAUAACUACCAUAUUAAUAUAAUCCAAAUUACAUGCGUAUUUUAAGUGUGACGAAUGAUCAGACCGCAAUACCUGACAGAAUCUUUUUUUAAAUUGAGUCUCCGCAGAAAACAGAGGUGCGUUAUUGUUUUGUACUGUCUCGGUGGUGAUUUAAUAAAGGCAAAUUUGGUAAAGGUAACAAUAGUUUGGUAAAAUGUGUAUACGUUAGACCCAUAUUAAUACGUAUACGAACAAACUUCGGUUUUAUCAUCAAAAUGUAUCUUUCUACGCAACAAUAUUAUUGUUUUGUCUAACGAGAACCAUUUAGUUCUAGAAAUCUCAUUAAGAUUGACGGAUUGCUGAGAUACAAGAAUUUGAUAACUGUAGUUUUACGAUUGAAGUUGCUAACAACUUCGGGCGUAAUCUCCUAAGAGAACAUUAAUAACGAAUACACUCCACUCCCAUUUCUAGCAUUGCCACUAAAUAUAACUAUUUUAAGUAGGUAUUCUGAAAGACUUUCGCGUCACAAUAUCUGAAUGCAUAAUGAGAGAGAUGUAAUUUCUGAGAAUAUUUUCAAAUAUUUUCACAAAAUCAACACCCAUGAAGAAAGCAAAAAUUCUCUAAGAAAAUUCAAUUGAAUCACUACAAUUUAUUCAAGGGCUCUCACCCACUUGAAACGUAUUCCAAUUAAUGUAUUCAAAAGGUUGAAAGGGCCGUUGACUCGCAAAAGCAUCUCAUCUCUAAAGCCGGAUCGUAUUUUUUAGUACACUAGUAGGUAUAUAUAGGUACAAUGUGGCUGUCCCUUGAGUUUGGCACAUGUGGCAUUAGAGUGGCUCUAAGUCGAAUCUGUAAGAUGUCUAAAAUAUCAGAAUAUCGGGCGUGUACAGGAUCGUAACAUUUGUUACACAUUUGAUUUAAUAUUGCAUUGCAACGUAAGAAGAGACCACGCACAAAACAAUCGUCGAGUAUGAGCAAAUAUAGGUACACCAUAUCUACGGCCCGAUUAGAAAUUUAAGUAACGUUAAUUAAUAGAUCUAGAAACGAUAUGGAAUAGAUAUGUCACUGUCAAAAAUGACGUUACUUCAAACAAAAACGUCACUUUUGACACUGACACAUCUAAUCCAUAUCGUUUCCAAAUCUAUUAAUUGACGUAUCUUAAAGUUCGAAUCGGGCAG